AGUACUUGGCUCACAGUUAGUGCCUUGGGAUGGAGCCAAGCUCGGCCCGUCUUCAAGGCUGCAAGCUGGUGUGAUGGGCAAUUGCCUUUGUGUGCAUGCUGAGCAGGCGGACCAGCACCAGCAGGAUGUAGAGCCGUUCCCGGGUCCCGGUCGGCAAGGAGGAAUGUCGAAAGGCACUAAGUCCUCCAAUGCGCCAGUGGAAAGCUCAGAGGAGCGUGUCGAACACCCUCUUGUCGUCCUUGAGAAUGGCAACAAAUAUACCGGCCAGUGGAAGGGCGGCCAGCGGGAUGGUCACGGAGUUCAGGAGUGGCCGGACGGAGCCCGGUUCGAAGGUCAAUGGCGGAAUGGCCUCGCCGAGGGCUACGGCAAGUUCAUCCACGCGGAUGGCGAUGUCUAUGAGGGGCAGUGGAAGGAUGACAAAGCCAACGGUCAGGGCGUGUAUCAUCAUGCGGACGGUUCCAGGUAUGUCGGUGAGUGGAAAAACGACCAGAAAGAGGGGCAAGCAGUGGAAGAGUGGGCAGACAACUCUCGGUUUGAGGGGCAGUACUGUGCUGGCAAGAAGCAUGGCAAAGGCACCUUCUCCUGGCCGGAGGGCUCCUCGUACGAGGGCGAGUUCCAGAACAACGAGAUUCACGGGCACGGCUCGUACUUCUGGAAUGAUGGCCGUGUUUAUUGUGGCCAAUGGGCCAACAACAGGAUGAGCGGAACCGGGACAUUUACAUGGAGAGACGGCAGAAGGUAUGUUGGCAACUACUUGAAUGACAAGAAGGAUGGGCACGGUGUCUUCACCUGGCCAGAUGGAAGAGAAUACGUGGGUGACUGGAAGGAUGGGAAGCAGCACGGCAUCGGCGUCUUCAAGACAGCCAAGGGCGAUUUCCGGAGGGGCGAGUGGAAGGACGGCACCCGGAUCCGCUGGAUUUCAGAGGCCUAUCGGGAGGAUGGCAAGCAACCUGGAUCUCCCCGAGAGGAGCAAAAGCCCAGCAACAAUGCGAUACCUACUCCGGCCGUGCCGGCCGUGCCGGCCGUGCCGGCGUAGCAUUUCGUUUUUCGAUGCUGAGAUUGCAUCCGGACCCUGGGUGCCAAGACGCUCACGGCUCACUUUCCGACAAAAAGGAAGGCUUGGGAUGCCCAAAGCACGCAUCCAGCCAUGCCACGGAGACUGUUUGUUCGAGCUCUAGCGAAACAGGGGUUCUAGAAACAGG